GGGAAGGGCUUACCCUCCAGUGGGCCUUGCUUCCUUGUCUGAACAAUCGGUGCCAUCCAAGCUUUAGUUGUUCCCAACAAUGACAGUCUCACUAGAAUUUGGCCUUAUCAAUGCAGCCAAUAGAUACUUGACUGCUGAACCUUUCCGUUUCCAGGUGGCAGCCACAGGCAAGCAACUGAAGCCUCGCCAGGUGUGGGUACUCCAGUUUGUGAGUCCACAUGGAGCUGGGGCAGCUGGCCCAGGAGAAGGGGCUGGCCAGAAACUUCACCUGAUCAGUGCCCUGAAGCGCUUCUUGGCAGCUGACCCAAAUGGCAAAGUUACCUGUGACCAGGAUAAGCCAGGGCCUCAGACUUUCUUCCUGCUGCAUCAGUAUCCUGAUGGCAAGGUGUCUUUCCAGAAUGAGCAAUCCAAGCGCUACCUUGGUGGAGCAGAGGAGAAUGUCACAUGCUUUGCUCAGGCUGCCUCCGAAACAGAGAAAUGGACCUUACAUCUUGCAGUGCAUCCUAAUGUUGCCAUGUACAGCCCCAAUAGGAGGCGUUACGUGCGCUGUGAUGAGAAAGCAGGGAUGCUGCGCUGUGACCGGGACUUGCCUUGGGGAGCUGAAUCAGUCAUCACUAUCUACUAUGAUUUCAAAGGUUUGGCGUCCGCGGCACACAAUGCUGACAGAAGGGAAUUUUCCCCAUAUAUACCAGUGAAAAAGUAUGGACUGAGGAAUGGAGCUGGCAAACUAUUGGCUUCCAAUGGCUCACUAGUGUCAGAGGUCACCUCAGAUACAUUAUACUCCCUGGAGAUCCAUGGUGGUUUGAUUGCCUUGCGGGAUGAUGAGAGGAAGUACUUGACUGGGCGAGAAGGUGGCAUGAAGACUGUAAAGAUGGACAAGCCUGGACGGGAUGAACUCUUCAGCAUGGAAUCCAGCCCAGCCCAGGUCUCCAUGCGCUCCUUUUCUACUAACAAGUUCAUCUGCUGUAGACCAGGUGCUGACCUCUAUGCCAACGCUAUGGCUGUGGGUAACACAGAGAUCUUCCAGCUGCUGUUUGAUGACACUGCAAAGAAGGUUUGCUUCCGUGGCCACUGUGGUACAUACAUGUCCUUGGGUCCCAAUGACUGUAUUGUCAGCAGCACGAAACAGGACAGCAAUGUUUGGUUUGACCUCCAGUAUCAGGACCAGAAAGUGACUCUUCGCAUAAGAGACAAAUAUGUGUCCAUGCGGCCCAAUGGGCAGCUCCUCGCAAUUCCCAAAGCAGCAGGUAAAAGUGAAGAUUUCCUCUUGGUGCUGGUGAACCGGCCGCUGCUGGUCCUGCACAGUGAUGCUGGCUAUGUGGGUGUCUGUUCUGAUGUGAGGCGAUUGGAAGGGAACUCUGUCAGCUAUGCAGCCAGCAGCCUCUCACUCACUGAGGAAGGCUACUAUAACUUCCAAAUUGGUAGCAAAUACUGGGCCCUGGAAAAAGAUGGGCAAAUCUCAAUAACCAGCGACCAUCCCACUAAUUUCACCAUCCAGUUUGCAUCCUCCAGCUGUCUUAUCAUCAGGGCAUCCAACAAUAAAUUUCUGGUGGCUGAACAAGGAGGCCGGUUGUUGGCUGCAGCUUCAGACCCAUCUAGUGCAACACUGUUCCAUUACUGAUGGCUGCUAAUCUUGCCACAUCCAGCAAAUAAACUUCUGCUGCAUGAGCUCACUGUAAUGCCUUUUCUUGUUCUUCAGGUCGGUGAGUUAGCUCCUCUCUAAUCUCUUAAAAGUACACUCUUUCUGUAGAGGGCACUACAGUUCACUUUCCCCUGUACCUCCAUGGACCGGAUAUACUUGAACUGUCUGGAGGCAGUCUUUCCCUAAUCAGUGGUGAAAUGAACCAGAUUGCUAGAGGUGAUUUCACACAGGCUCCUUCAUGAAAAUUUGGUUAAAUAAAAACUUUGCAUUUUCCUGACACCCUUUAGGCAUUCAAAGAUCAGCAAAGUUUCCAUUCUCUUAGCACAUCUACAGUCUUCCUAUUCAAGGUGCUUAUGUAAGUUAGAAGUUCCACAGAACUUGAAAAAUAAAUAUUUAUUCCACAAGUACAGUAGAAAACCAAGUAUCACAAAUUGCCAAUACACACACAAAAUAACAAUACUGAGUUAGGGAAGGGACCCAAGACCCACUGCCCUCAUUCUCAACCCCACCCCUUUCAGGGAUAGGAUGGACCAGUUAGGAAGGGCAGAGCAAAGGGGCUCUCAUGAGAGUCAGUGCACACAUGGUAGGUUUUUGGAGCCCCUGUUAGAAUGUGCCACAUUGAGAAUUGUGAAGGACACCUCAUCUGCAGCCAUAACCUAUGGAUGAUGUGAAACUUCAUAGUCCAGUCUUUUCAACUUACAAAAGUCAGUGGUCCAGAGUGUAAAGUCUGAAUGGAAAUACUGUCAUCUCUCAGAAGGAAUGCAAGGGUGGUGGUAGGGAUGUAUUGGGUGUCUCGGCCUGUCCUCUUAUUGGAAAACGAUGAUGGCCUUCUCCUUAUGUAUGCUUGAAGCAAAUUGGGUGGCUGCAUCUUCCUUCAGCUUGUCCAAGGAACUAGAUUGAACACACUAGUCACAGAAAUGGAGGGCUCAGGCAGCCUCUUUUCUUCUAGGUGCACACAGUACAGCCCAACUUGAUUCUCAGUAUGAGUCCAGAC